CAAAGCUGGAGCCUGGAGAAUACCUAGUAAUCAAUGGGGGUGGGGUUUCGCUUUUUGCUGGUUAUCGCAGACUCACCGGGGGAGUCUGGAGCCCUGAGCCCACACAGUGCAUGCUUUACCCUACUUGGUGCCGUCCGUCCUGCUGGCCGGCAAAGCGCCGGCAGUCGGCCCGGCAUCAGCUAUUUCAGCCAUGAGAAGGAUGAGAAGGCGUUCAGCUGGGAUUUUGCACCUGAUCUCAUUCUCACCUCAUCCAUUCCUCCCCCCCUUCCUCUCUUCCCCUCCUCCGGACGCAGAGCAUGAAAGAAGCAAGAUAUUCUGCCAGAUAAGGUCGAGCAGAUGAUCAUUGAGCAUUGCUCUAGGCCCUACAAAUUGAUAGCCCUGUGACCCCGUGUUCGAUAUCCUAGACGUCCCCGUAGGGACAAUACCUCCGUACUUUUGCC